UAAGUAAUAAGAAUAUAUGGUUGUAAGGGAAAUAGGAUUAUGUACUUUCGAAUCUAUGUAUGUAAAUACGUGUUAAUACGAGGUAGAAGUCUUCUGCGAAUAAAAUUGUGUAGUGAAAUUCUUGCGCAUUCGUGCAUGUAUACGAACCUAGCAUGACCCGUUUCUGUCGCAUCUAUGCUCGUGAUAUUAAGGUUAGGAUAUGUUUACUUGUUAAAUUAGUAAGGAUUAACGAACGAAGUCAUAAAAAGGAAGAAUAAGAAAAAGAAAUGUGAAGGUAACAGAAUAAAUUCUCUUUUAGAAAACAUGUUUUUUCCUAUUGGAUGGCCACGAGUCCUAAAUUGUACGGAACCAGAUAAAAUAAAGGCCAUUGUUUGUAAUAGAGACAAAAUACUUUUUGCCAUAUUAACGACAGACUUUCUUACCAUCUGGUACUGCAAGCCUUGUAUACCUAUUGUAUUUAUAAGGCGAACUGCAGAUUCAUUAAAAAAACACGGAGAAAAUAUCUUGGUACAAUGGAGACCAGAUUCCAGUAUGUUAGUCAUUGCAACCUCAGACAGUUACCUGCUGUUUUAUCGAUUGUCAGACAAAGGUCCAGAAGGAAAAAGUCUUUACGAGCAAAGAGAUUCUCCCGUUACAAGCCUAAAACGUGAUAGCGCUGAACUUUUCAUUAAAGAAGUGAUCCCAUCUUUAGUUUUAUCAUUUGAAAAGUCUGCCUGGAUAGAUGGUGGAAUUAGUUCUUUAGUAUGUAUACGUGAUGAACUCAUGGUUGCCACAAAAACAAGUCAUGUAAUAAGGCAUAAAUGGGAUGGGACAGUAAAUCGGGAUUAUACACUUGAUUUACGUAGAAUACCAUUUAGCGUAGAUCAACAAAUAUCCACUACAGCUGUACCCCUUACUGAAAACAAUGCUUAUGUUAUGGAUAUUGAAUAUUCUCCUUUAGUUGGUGGAUUUGCUAUUGUUCUUAGCACUGGAAAAGCAGCAUUCUUAACAGCUCAUUCGUUAAAAUUUGACCCAAAUCAAGUUCAAGGAAUUUGGGCCAAGGAUGUAGAUGAUGCCACUUGUGCAGCUGUGAAUCAUAAGUAUCGUUUAAUUGCAUUUGGAAGAGGAAAUUCGGAGGGUAUCGUUUAUUAUAUUGAUGAAACAACAGGAGCAUUGGAAGUAUCGCAUACGCUAAGUCUCUCUUCAAAAGAUUAUCCUGGGAGACCAGGUUGCGUCAGAUGUCUAAGAUGGACUCCUGAUAGUUGUGCUAUAGCUCUAGCCUGGGAAGGUGGUGGUUUAGCAAUCUGGAGUACUUUUGGUGCUCUUUUAUUAUGCAGUUUGAAAUGGGAUUAUGGUUUGCGGGUAGAUUUAACGCGUGAUAAUCCUUUACAUAUUCAUACAAUGGAAUGGUCAGCAGAAGGGUACCAAUUGUGGAUGUUAAGAGAAUCACCAGGACCAUUAUUAAUGGAAGAAAAUGGCAAUGAACCGACGCACUCAUGGCGUUCGCUUAUACAAUUAGAUUUUGUAAAAAGUCCUCUCACGGUUAAUCCAUGUAUGGGCCACCAUGGACAUUUAUACUUACAAGGUGAAGACAGACUUUAUUUAAAUCUUGGUGGUGGUAUAUCUGCCACCACAUCCAAUUUUCAUAUUUCAAAUGAAUGUCCUGGUGACAUUGUAACUCAGACUCUUGCUGGAUGCAAACAGUGGUUAGUCGUUCCAAUUCCAAGUGCUUAUACUGGUUCUAAUUGGCCAAUAAGAUAUACUGCAAUUGACAACGAAGGUUUAAGUAUUGCUGUAGCUGGUAGAACAGGCUUAGCUCAUUAUUCUUUACCAUCUCGUAAAUGGAAACUUUUUGGAAAUGAAAGCCAAGAAAGGGAUUUCAUAGUAACUGGUGGAUUAUUAUGGCAUCGUGGUUUUUUGAUAGCAAGUAGUUAUUCCCUUUUGGAUGAUAGAGAUGAGAUUAGGAUGUAUCCACGAGAUACUCGUCUCGAUAACAAUUAUGUAAAGAGUAUUAGAAUGCCAUCUCAAGUAUUAUUACUCAAUACACUUAAAGAAAGGCUUUUGACAUUUUGUGCUAAUGCACAGAUUAGUAUUUAUGAUAUAAUAUUAGAUGGAAAUGGAGAAAUGGAAGAUAUAGAAUUAACUAGAAUACAAACCGUGGAUAUUAGUGGACUUUGUGUGCAUCCUGCUUGUGUUGUAAGUGCAACAUUAACAACAAUUCGUGCAGAAACAGCUGGGAGUCAUCCACAUCCUGAAAGUCUCUUACUCAAUGUUUCUGGACGACUUUUGAUGGUUCAGCGGGAACAUUGCACUGAUAAUCCAGAUAUUCUUUUCACCUGUAGUCCUCCAACAGUGUUAGCUUCGUGCGUCGAAAAUGUAUGGGUUCCAUGGCGGUCAAGAAGAGACAAGCCUCAUUUAACUGAAGCAUUAUGGUUGUUUUGUGGUGCUCAUGGCAUGCGUGUCUGGCUUCCGUUAUUUCCAAGAAAUCACCAAGAAAAAACACAUACAUUUAUGAGUAAAAGAAUAAUGCUGCCUUUUCACUUGUGUAUUUAUCCACUGGCUAUAUUAUUCGAGGAUGCAAUCUUAUUAGGAGCUGAAAAUGACACUGUGCUGUUUACAUCUGAUACUAAUUCUCCCUUCUCACUGCCUUUUAGUUUAUUGGAAUUAACGAGUCAAGUUUAUCUUCACCAAAUAUUGCGACAACUCAUUCAUAGAAAUUUAGGAUAUCAUGCAUGGGAAAUAGCACGUUCUUGUUCUGCACUGCCAUAUUUCCCACAUUCCUUAGAAUUAUUACUUCAUGAAGUACUUGAAGAGGAAGCAACGAGCAAAGAACCAAUUCCAGAUGCUCAACUACCAUCUGUAGUAGAAUUCAUCCGAGAAUUUCCGGGAGUAUGGGCAAGAGCAGUUGUGCAAUGUGCAAGAAAAACUGAAAUCGCACUUUGGCCAUAUUUAUUUUCUGUUGCUGGACCACCUAAGAAACUUUUACAAGAUUGUUUACAAAGACAACAACUUGACACUGCUGCGAGCUAUUUAAUCAUAUUACAAAAUCUCGAGCCAUCAGCCGUUAGUAGGCAACAUGCUACUUUAUUAUUGGAUGCUGCUUUAGAACAAGGAAGAUGGGAACUCUCAAAAGAUCUUGUUCGUUUUUUAAGAGCCAUUGACCCAAAUGAUGUGGAGUCGCCUCGUACAUCUUGGGGUGGUACAACUAAGUUAGGAGGACAUACACAAACUCCUCCUUUAUCACCUCAUGAAGACGACUUGUCUCUCGUAUUAGGAACCAUGCAAGUAUCUAGGAGUCGUAGCUACAGUACUACAGCAACACCAAAAGUACAAUCUGAAUCAAUGGCUAAAGAUAUUGCACCAUCUUCUAUGUUAGAAAAGACUAGGAAUGUUGUGAUGAGACGAAAAAAAUCUGUACCAACUGUUAAAAUCGAAAAGUCUGAUACCAAAGAAAGUUCAGCCGAAGAAUUCUUCAUUGAUGUUAUCUUACAGCGUCAUGCUCGUCGAUUGCUUUCAGCUCGCAGAUUACUAGAUUUGGGAAGAUUUGCUGCCCAUUUAGAUUUUCAUCUGGUAACAUGGCUUGGUAGAGAACGCGAUAGAGCAGCUAAGAUUGAUGACUUUAUUGCUGCUUUGAAAGCAGUACAUGAAGAUUUUGCAUAUCCAUAUCCAAUUUUGUCGCUUCCUAAUUUACAAAGAUUUAGAAGAUCCAGCUUGACAUCGUUACGAUCAAUAAGAUCUAUAAAUCUUGAAAGUCCUGAAGAUGAAACAGUGACCCCAAAUUUUGCUAUUGAUUUACCAGAUAGUGGAUAUACAAGUUUACCUAGUGGCAGACCUCCUUAUACUAGCUUGGUGUCUCCUGUUGCUAGCUUAGAAACACAAUUUCCUGCCACUGAAGCAAAACUAACUCCAAAUAUGUUGCAUGAUACGAGUAGCGUAAUUAGUGACGCUAGUACAAUCUGGCGUGAUGAUGCCGAAUCCAUUGUGGGAACUGGUGUGGGUACAGUGUGUUGGGUAUCUUCGGAACCAAUAGAACCAACAGAAAUUCAUUUAGCUUCGCAUUGUGCCCCAGUUAGCAGAGCAGAAGUACAACUUAGGUAUCUCUUACAAUUGUUCCUUGAAGGUGGUUGUUUAGGAUGGGCAGCGAUAUUGGCUGUGGUUUUAAGAGAUGCACCAGCUAUGUCAAGAACUGUACGAGCAGCACACGCACCAAUGCAAACCCUUGAAUCUAUAACGAAUUUGAGAGAUGGACUUUUGACUCUUACUAGAUGGUCUCAAUCAGAAUGUUUGGGGUAUAGACCAUUUAUAUCAAGUAUACAAGGACAAAUAUCACUUUUGUGUAGAUUAGUAUUGAAUAAACAACAGCAGGAACAAGAGCAAAUACCAGAAAAUCCUUCACCCGGGCCAGUUCCGACUGUCAACAAUAAUCAACGCGGUAAUCCAUCUCGUUCUCGACACUCUUCUAUUAGUCAUGCAUCUGCUAGUACUCCAUUGGAGGAAGAACGAUCGCGUGAAUCAUCUGUAUGCGUAGAGGAAACUGGAUUUCGAGAAAAUUAUAAUAAUCUCAAUACUAUAGAGCGUUCCUCUGAACAAUCUACUUGUAUAAUCUGUUAAACUAAUACCAUUAGAAUGUUCAUAGAUCUCCAUAGUUUAUUAUAAGUGAAACUCAGAAAUUCUAUUCUGAAAUUAUGGGGAUAUGUCUUUAAUAAUGUUUGAAUUAAACAAGUUCUAUUGAAGAAGAAAAAAGAAAAAUCUAGGUGUUAAUUAAUUACUGAAGUAAUUAAAAAUCUUUUUGAUAUAGGAUCUCUGAAUAUAUAAUUUGAAUUUUUUUG